AUGGAAGCCUCAAGCGUCGUGCCGCUCAUUAUAGACGGCAAGGACAUAAUCUCAGUCACAAGCAAAACACAUAGAAGCGGACGAUAUGCCUUCCAUGGCGCUGGUUCGGGACUCGCGGUCCAGGCAGCGGAAUCUGCAGGUGUUGCAUUCCGAUUGUGGUCCCAGGUGGCUCCACAGGAGAGAAGGCGCCUGCUUCUACGACUUGCACAGAUUCUCCGGGAGAGAAGAAACGAAUUCGAACGUACAGUCCAGGAAGAAAUCCACUCUCCCCAUCUCUGGGCCCAUAUGGACAUUGAAGGUGGCAUUGGCCUCCUGGAGGAAGCUGCAGCGUUGACUACGCAGUGCGCCGUGGGCUCAAUCCCAAGCACCCAGGGAGAUUCCUAUGGUCUCGUGUUCAAGGAUCCCUUGGGGGUCGUUCUGGGAAUCGCACCUUGGAACGCCCCCAUCUUUCUAGGAUUGCGAGCGAUUGUUGCGCCGCUAGCUGCGGGGAACACAGUGAUUCUUAAGGGCUCAGAGCUCAGUCCACGCUCCCACCAUCUGGUCGCAUCCCUAUUUCGCGAGGCUGGGUUCCCUCCUGGAGUUGUGAACUUCAUCCUGCAUCGACCGCAGGAUGCAGCGGGGGUCUUCGAGGCUAUGAUCACCCAUAGCGCCGUCAAGAAAUGCAAUUUCACAGGCUCUACUGAUGUAGGUCGCAUCAUCGCCUCCCGUGCGGCUCUAGCCCUGAAACCGGUUCUUCUCGAGCUCGGCGGCAAGAAUUGUGCAAUUGUUUUGGACGACGCCGAUCUUGAUGUUGCCGCACAGCAAAUUACUCUGGGUGCGUUUUUAGGUAAUGGCCAGAUUUGCAUGUGUACGGACAUUGUGCUCUGCACGCAGUCGACCGCUACUGUGCUACAGGAGAAAAUACUGUCUCUUAUCGAAAGCAAUCCACAAGUGCAUACCCUCAUAUCUGAGAAAAGUAAAAAAAAGCUUGAGACUCUCGUCGCUGAUGCCGUUGCGCAUGGUGCCACUGUCCACUCGACAUCCUGCCCCAUCUCCAAAGCGCCAGGCAAUACAUUCCCAGCCACUGUGAUCACCGGACUCACGGAGAAGAUGCAAUUUUUCUCUAUCGAGUCAUUCGGGCCUCUGCUUGGUAUCAUGUCUGUGGACUCGGAAGAUGAUAUGCGCGACGUCGUCGCAGGGUUGGGAUAUGGGCUUUCUGCCAGCAUCUUCACGAAGAGCCAUCUUAGGGCCAUUAAGAUCUCCGAGGGUCUUGGUGCUGGCGCCGUUCACGUUAACGGUAUGACGGUUCACGAUGAGCACACCCUUCCGCAUGGCGGGCAAGGACUGAGCGGGUGGGGGAGGUUUGGCGGGAAUUGGGGCGUGGAUGAGUUCCUGCAGACGCGGACUGUUAUUUUGAAUUCAUAG